AUGGCCGCCUCGCUGGCCCCAGGCGGUAGCAAUGCCGCCUCUCACAGUCCGCGCACCUCGAGUAUUCCCGACACCCCUGCACCUGCGCUUAGCGAUCACCUUCUCACCCCGGCUUCCAUCAGCUCCGUCGAGGUAUACGGCGCCACCAACACACGGAAAUCCCUUCUCGACCAUCUCUUCAGACCGCUUGUCGAGAACCCGGGUCCAACUACCACCCUUGGCGAACUUCUGAAUCGCAUUAACCGAGCGAGCGAGAAGCUUGUGCGUCUUGACAUUUUCAAGCAAGAGGGCUACGGCGUCUUCAUAUCCGAUGCGCGCGAUCGCCCGUCCGGGGCCGCGGGGCUCCAUCCCGAGAGAACGGAGCUCGACGUGUCGUUCCGCGUCAAGGAGAAGUCGCGGCUAGUGCUGAGCGCCGGCACCGACUUUGGCAACGCCGAGGGGUCAGCGUAUACCAAUGCCGUUCUGCGCAAUGUCUUUGGGGGCGCCGAGUCGCUGUCGGUGAACGCGAGCACGGGCACGCGGACGCGGUCCGCCUACAACGCCGUCUUCUCGGCGCCGCUAAACGGCAACCCUGACCUGCGGGUCGGGGUCGAGGGGCUACGGUCGUCGACGCAGAAACCCUGGGCCUCGCACGAGGAGCAGCUGGCGGGCGGCAGCUUGCGGCUCGCGUGGCUGGCCGGGAAGAUGGGCGACAGCCACGCCCUGGCCUACUCGGGCGUCUGGCGGCAGCUCACGGGCCUGGCGGCGGGCGCGUCGCCCACGGUCCGCGCAGACGCCGGCGACUCUCUCAAGAGCUCCAUCACGCACACGUUUACGCGUGACCGUCGCGACAGCCCCACGCUACCGCAGCGGGGACAUCUGUUCCGCACCGUGUCGGAGCUUGCCGGGUGGGGCCCCCUGCACGGCGAUGUUUCCUUCUUUAAGUCCGAGGCCGAAGUCGCCGGUGCAUCGUCCCUGCUGUCGACCGCCCGCUUUCACAAGAGCGGGACGCCUAUUACAGUUGGGGGCAGCCUGCGGUUGGGUCUACUGUACCCACUAGCCGCGGGGUUUUCUUUUGGCGGGCCUGCAUUGCCGAGCCGCAUCAAUGACCGCUUCCAACUUGGCGGGCCGACCGACGUGCGCGGCUUCAAGCUCGGCGGGCUUGGGCCACACGACGGCAGCGAUGCCGUCGGCGGCGACGUGUUCGCCGCGGGCAGCGUCAACAUGAUGCUCCCUCUCCCCCGCACUGGUCCCGCGUCUCCGCUGAGGAUUCAGCUGUUUGCAAAUGGUGGCCGGUUAGUGGCGCUUAGAAACGAAGGCAGAGAAAAUGAGAACGGCGGCCCUGACAGUAACCUAGCUCUAGACUCCAGUGCGGUCUUGAGGGGUAUGAAGUCAGCCGUCGGUGAGCUGGCAAGCGAGCUUCCCAGUUUAGCGGCGGGCGUUGGUCUGGUGUACGCGCACCCAGUCGCCAGGUUCGAGCUCAACUUCAGCUUGCCUAUUAUUAGGCGAGAGGGUGAGCAGGUUCGAAAGGGUCUUCAGGACAUACACCACGAAUAG